UGUAAUGAUCAGAGAUGCACAUGCUAGAAAACCCAAAAAUACCAUACUCUUUUUUUUAUCAUCCCAUUUCUCCCCCACAACUUGUGGUCCGACCUCCCUUUCUUAUCGUAGUCAAGUUCAACCCCCUCUGUUUUCCAUCACUAAACUUGGUCACAUCAACCUUCAAUCUCAUUUUCUUUUCCCCUGUUAUCUUAACCAACUAGUAGGCUCUCUUCUGUUCCCUUCCCCACCUCAAAGAUUCCGAGGACAAUCAAAUCCAAGUGACCAGCCACCUACCUCACUCCUUUUAUUUCCCUCUAUGUAGUUUACCCCUUGAAGUUCAACUCAGAAUAGCUUCCUUCUAGCUUCUUGAUUUGGUUAUUGCUUCAAAGUUCAAACAAAGUCCAAUAAUGCCAACGGUUCACUCUAGUCCAUAUUUGCAAAUGGACAAUCCGGCGAUACUGUCUUUUCUCCGGCCUACUCCAGGAGAGAAGCCCCUUAAGUCUAGUAGUGGAGGCCUCAUGCGUAUGUUCAAGCUUUUCCCCAUGCUAACCUCGGGCUGCAAGAUGGAUGCGCUGUUGGGUAGGCCUAGGAAGCCUUUGCUCAAGGAUAGUGCCACCACAGGUACGAUUUUCGGGUAUCGUAAAGGCAGAGUUUGCUUAGCAAUACAGGACGAUCCCCAUUGCGUGCCCAUGUUUGUCAUCGAGCUACCGAUGCUCACCAGCUUACUUCAAAAGGAAAUGGCGUCUGAUAUCAUCAGAAUAGCUCUAGAGAGUGGAACCAAGACUCACAAGAAGCAGCUGCUGGAAGAGUUUGUGUGGGCGGUGUACUGUAAUGGAAGAAAAGUGGGAUACUCCAUCAGGAGGAAACAAUUGUCCGACGAUGAACUUCACGUUAUGCAGCUCCUGCGAGGCGUGUCGAUGGGUGCCGGGGUUCUUCCCAGCCCGAAUGAGAAGGAAACGGUGACAUCCGACGGGGAAUUGACUUAUAUGAGAGCAAGAUUUGAGAGGGUAGUCGGAUCAAAGGACACGGAAGCAUUGUACAUGAUUAAUCUAGAUGGUGCACCUGGGCCAGAACUGAGUAUUUUCUUUGUCAGAGCUCGUUAGAAAUUUGUGUUACUUGUACACGAGCACCAUGAAAACCCUUUUUCUCUAAUGUUUUUCACUUGUUAAUGAUGGAAAGAAACAGAUCACCAUGGCUAUACUGUGUUCAAUAUCCCAUGGUUGAAGCUAGCUCAUAGUUUUGCGAUACAUGCCAAAACCUAAAUUAGCUGCUCUGUCACUUUCAUGUAAUUGAAUGCCAAUGUCCUGUUUCUGCCUUGAGAA